CCCGAUUGAUCCCAACGAACAUUGUUUAAAUCUUGGGCUCGAUCCGGGCCAAUCCGGCUAAGUGGUUUCUCGAUGGAGAGACUGGCAGUUGCCUCCUAACCUACUCCUCAGACUUCCAGGCCCCGGCCCGUUUCAAGCCCAGGCUCUCUUGAGGCAUGAAUUUUGAAUGGUUCUGCGGACUUGCAGUGUGUCGCUUGAGCUUAGUAGGCCGCCGCCAGCGUCGUGAACGCGACCCGGCUGCUCGAUAGACUCCGCGAGAAGCCGCUGGCCGAGUUUUUUCAAUGAAGGCGGCUUGCGGAUGUGCUAUCUUUGUUUGAAGCGCGAGGGGCGCGGCGUCAAGAUGGCCCCGGCAUUCGGGCGCCGAUCGCCGUGCUUGUCGCCGGAAGGCUCCUCGCUGACCUCUCGCCGCCAGUGGCCGAGGGUGCGCGCGGGCCUCUGGUCGCGGCUGCCGCAGACCGCCAAUUUGUAUUGGGCGCUUCGAAAACGUGCGAUAGGAGCGCACGCUAGGAAGGGGCAGCGCGAGGCGGAGUCGGCCAGUCCUCUCUGGCGAGUCGACAUGUUGACAUCUUCGCCUGGCCUCGCGUUGGCGCACCUUGAUCUCUGAUCCUGCACCCAGUCAUCCCUCUUCCCUACAUCCUCCUCCUUCCCCCUCC